GUUGAGCGGAGCUGCGCGGCCGUCACCGCGCCAGUCGCUCCGUGACGGUCCGUGACACCGUGACGCCGCGUCGGUGACGCUUCGGUGACGCUUCGUGCGUGAGAAAGGCAACCCGCGAGCGUACUCGGCGCCUUUUCGUGAGCUCGGUGUCCGGCACCGAGCCGCGCGAGUGCGAUGCGCGCCGCGGAGGCUGCGCGCCAGCAGCGCUCGCGGCGCUGCGCGGGCCUGCUGGUGCUGGUAGUGGUGCUGGUGACGGUGGCGGUGGUUCUGGCAGUGGUGCUGACCCUCGGGAGCGGAGGGCAGUGUGAGCGGUCGGCGGCGGUCAGCUCUGGAGAUACACUGGACGCCGACCUCGCCACCUGUCCUCCGAGACAAUCCGUGGUAGGCGGUGGCAUCAGCACCGAGACACGAAUCCAGGUGGACCUCAUCGAGGGUCUGCAGCUGUUCAACACCACCUACCCGGGGGUGAACAUCAUCCCCGGGCCGCACAGCUUCACACCGGCGCUCAGCCUGUCAGGUGACACGCGGCAAGUGCGGCUGCCUGACGCCGUGUUGGAGAGGGCCGUCUCUCUGCUGACCACGUCAGCCGAGUUUACCAUUUUGGCCAGCGUCCGGCAGCAGCCGCAGAACGCCGGCACCAUCGUCGCCUUCUCGUUCGACGCCAACAGGUUUCUGGAGGUGCAGUCGUCGGGUCGUACCGAUGAGAUCCGGUUUCACUACACCAGACGGCGCCAGGAUCCGGACAGAGGAGGCGGUCCGCCCGACGUGCACAUGGAGUCGUUCCGCUACAGACUGGCCGACGACCACUGGCACAGGCUGGCAGUGUCCGUAUCCGGACACCAGCUGGACCUGUACGUGGACUGCCACCACGUGCACUCUCGCGUCAUCCACACCCCGGAGAGGAAUGCUACCGCUCUGGAGAUGCCGCUGCAACUGUGGCUCGGCCAGAGGAACGAGCGACACUUUCGGUUCCAGGGAGCGGUACAGGACGUGAAGUUGGUGUUUGGACCUCACGGCUACCUGGCGCAGUGUCCCGACCUGGACGCCACGUGUCCGUCCUGUGGCCAGUUUCGCAGCCUUCAGGCGGCCGUGGUGCACCUGGAGAAAACUGUGGAAGAGCUGACGCAAAGGCUCCGUAUGGCGGAGGAGUCGCUGAAGCAGCUAGAGACGUGUGAGUGCCAGCGAUCGUGUCACUUCAACAACACCUUCCGAGCAGACGGCACCAGCUGGAUGGACGGAUGCCGCAUCUGCGCCUGCAUGAAAGGAGAAGUUAAAUGUCGGCCAAUGAAAUGCCCGACAUUGAACUGCUCAAACCCAAUUAUUGAAAAUGGAGAGUGCUGCCCGAAAUGUAAAGGCGAGUGUUUUCUGAACCAGCGCUCGUACGAGCACGGUGAGAAGGUGGCCAUCGACCGGUGUAUGACCUGCGAGUGUCACGACUCAGUGAUGCAGUGCAGCACCAUCAUUCCCGAGCAGCACUGUCCACCUCUGCAGUGUCCGCCCGAGCAGCGACUCAACAUGUCUGGAGAAUGCUGCCAGUUCUGCAGAGAUACGGACUACUGUGCACAGGCGCGACCCGAGUGCGACCCUCACGCGACCUGCGUCAACCUCCAGGCCAGUUUCAUGUGCCAGUGCAACGACGGCUACAAGGGUGAUGGAAAAACCUGCGAAGAUUUGGACGAGUGCAAGAGCCGCGGAGGUUUUCACGGCCAUCAGUGCGGUCCCAACACUGUGUGUCGGAACACGGUGGGCUCCUACGAGUGCGACUGCUUGCCAGGCUACCAGCGGCACGACGCUUACAUGUGUGUGGAGAGGAACGAAUGCCUGGACGGCUCGCACAACUGUCAUCCGACCGCCACAUGCGUCAACACUCCGGGCAGUUUUCAGUGCCACUGCCCAGAGGGCUACAGCGGGAAUGGCACCGACUGCUCGCCCAUCUGCAGCCAGCCGUGUGAGAACGGCGGCCGGUGCGUGGCGCCCGACAACUGUUCGUGUCGGCGCGGCUUCGGCGGUCCCAGCUGCGAGGCUGAUAUCGACGAGUGCAGCGUGGGUCUGCACCAGUGCCACCCGCACUCGGAGUGUGUGAACAUGCCCGGCUGGUACCACUGCCAGUGCCGGGACGGGUACCGGGCCGACCCCGACUACAGCACCCUGGGCACCACCUGCAUAGAUGUCGACGAAUGUAGCGAGAAUCUGCACACGUGCGACCCGCAGGCCACGUGCGUGAACACUAACGGCAGCUACACGUGCGAGUGUGUCGGCCUACAGUGCACCAACAAUUGUACCGUCGGGGACGAGGUGCACCCGCACGGCUCCAGCUGGCCCGACUCGGAACGCGCGUGCCACACGUGCCUCUGCCUGGACGGCGUGACCACGUGCCAGCCACGACCGUGCGACUGCUCCGACCCCGACGUGGACGUCACUUGCUGCCCAAAGUGCGACUCCAGUUCGGGUUGUUUCCACCAGACGAGACCCAAUGUUCGGUUUAGAAACGGAGACCGCUGGCUGCACCAGUGCCAGCUCUGCGAGUGUCUGGCCGGUGAGAUCGACUGCUGGCAGCAGCAGUGUCCCCCUGUGGCCUGCUCCAACCCCGUGUGGCCGGAGGGCGACUGCUGUCCGCGCUGCGAGGACGACCCGUGCGCAGCACCCGCCAACCGCUCCACGGCGGCGCCCUGCAACAUCGCGGCGCCGCCGCAGGCGCUGGCCAGUGCCGCUCACUGGCGCACGCUGCAGGCCCACUGCCCCGACUGCCGGUGCAAGGUGCCGUUUUGUGAGAAGUUGGUGAGCAAAAAUUCCGCGUGUGUGCCUCGGACGGCCAGCUUUGGUGCGGCUACCCUGGCCACCGUGUCUGUGCUUCUGGCCCAGCGACUGCUCGUCUCCACGUGUUUGGAGGAGAGUGGCGAGUCGCCGGCGGAACGCACAUCACGGAGCCGCCCGCCGGCCUCCAGCGGCCGCGGCAGCGCGCCCCGGCGACAGUCACCGCAGAGGGCAGCACCAUCAGAGCACCGCCAGAGAGCGGCACCACGCCGCCCGAGAGCGACACCACGCCGUCAGAGAGUGGCGCUGUGCCGCCAGAGAGCGGCACCGUGCCGCCAGACGGCACCACGCCGCCAGAGAGCGGCACCGUGCCGUCAGAGAGCGGCGCCGUGCCGCCAGAGAGUGGCACCGUGCCCCCAGACGGCACCACGCCGCCAGGCACCACGCCAGGCAGCACCACUAUCGAGCCACCGGCCACCGCCGGCCAGCUCAGUGACUCUGCGCCCGCGAGGGACGCCAGUGCGCGAGGGGAGGGCGCGGCGACGCCCAGUGCGGUGGACGUGGCACACGACGCCCCCUCUAGGACGUAGGCGGCGGCCGCGGUCCCCCAGCCGGCAGUGACGCGCCACAGUUCGUGCUAGUCAAUGCGAUCCGGGAAUAGAUCAAGUGGUACCCGCCGCGCCGACCGGCGCCGGGACUCCCAACAUAAUCUGCGAUGUUCACUAGUCGUUUCGCCGCGCGGCCAAUCGGUGUUCUGUUUAGCGGCGCGCGACGGGCGGUGCCGCCGCCCGGUCAUAUCACCGACCCGGCACGCCUGUCUACUGCCGUUCAAAGUGUUCUAGUCGCUGUGCCCCGCCCCCGGCGCGCAGCUCUCUGUUGUGUGAUUGGUCGCUGAUUGCGUGACGUCAGUGAGACGUACAAAGGGUGCGCGGCGAGGUGUGAGCCCGGGCCAGAGGCUAUUGUUGUUGCGAGUGGUUUUAGCUCAGGGUCGCCACCUAUGCUGCGCCGGAGGGCAUUUACGGUGAGAGCGGAGCUGAGAGCUCCGUCAGAGAGCGGAGCACAGCUCCGUCAGAGAGCGGAGCUGAGGUCUCCGUCAGAGGGCGCGGCGGGCAGCGGCGUGUUAUUUAACCUGUGUUCAGUCACAGGACGGUGGCGGCUGUGGCAGGGAUGUAAGGCGAUACCUGUACAUGAAAUACCGCGUGAGACUGGGCGUAUACAAGAAACUACCACUCCGCUGUUCCCUAAUUCAUCCGAUCGCUUUGAUCAUGGAUCCGAAACUAUUCAGUCGCACGCAGCUAUGUUGUGAUUCGAUUCCAGUGAUUCACCGUGGCGGCUAGUCUGGCGCGAUCCGGGCCCUAUCAAUGUUACCCGCCUGCCUCGGUCUCCACUAGACCCCGCCACCAAUACCGUUACCGGCGCUCGAGCCGGUCCCGGUGCCGACGCCCCGGCGUCACCUGUGAUUCGCGGCCCGUCUGUGUCCCGGCCCCAUAGAGGCGGCCCGCAGUGGCUACCUGUUCCUUUCGCUGCUUGUCGCCGGGAGUCGCCUGUUGACAGUGAGCAUCCCGGCCGGCCCUUCGAGACGAGCUAUGACGUGUUUGUAUAAACAUGAAUAUACGACGUACUGUCGACUGCAUAACCCGGGUUGGCAG